CACUGUAACUUAAAAUUUACCAUCGCCAUUUUUUGCAUUGUUUAGAUUUAAAAAUAAUCAAGAAUUUUUAUUAGAACUAUCAACAAUACAUAUAGCUUUCUGAUAAGAAUGUCUUACCGCAAUAACGACUGUCGUAUUUAUGUUGGUAAUUUACCUGUAGACAUUCGCACAAAAGAACUCGAAGAAAUAUUUGAAAAAUUCGGCAAAAUAGUUUUUGCUGAUCUGAAAAACAGACGAUCCCCUGCUUUUGCUUUUAUAGAAUUUGAAGACCCGAGAGAUGCUGAAGAUGCUGUUCAAGCCAGAGAUGGUUAUGAAUACUCUGGAUAUCGAUUGCGAGUCGAAUUUCCAAGGGGAAAUGGACCAAGUCGAGGACCUCCUCGAAGCAGAGGAAGAGGACCCCCAUCUAGAAGAUCACAAUAUCGAGUUGUUGUUUCAGGACUUCCACCAACUGGUAGCUGGCAGGAUUUGAAAGAUCAUAUGCGAGAGGCUGGUGAUGUUUGCUAUGCUGAUGUGAGUAGAGAUGGGACUGGCGUUGUAGAGUUUACUUGUCAUGAAGAUAUGAUGUAUGCUGUUAGAAAAUUAGAUGACACAAGAUUCCGAUCACAUGAGGGUGAUGUUACAUACAUCUCCGUGAAAGAAGCAAAUGUGAGUCGUUCAGCAUCUCGAAGCAGAAGCUAUUCUCCACGUCGAACACGCGGUUCACCGACUUAUUCGCCGGCUAACCGUCAUAGGUCACGCUCCCGAUCGAGAUCUCGAUCAUGAACAUAUUUUUCUUUAAGGACUAGUAUCUACUUGGAAUACUACUCAUGUGAAGUGUAUGAACUAAUGUCAUGUUGUCUUCAUUUGCUUACAUAUGCAAUUAUCACUUGCCUUAAGACUGAUUUUGUAUUUUUUAUAGUAAAAAUUAAAAUUCAUGUUGGCAUUUUUGUAGAUUUUGGUUUUGGAAAUUAUUUAUGGGAAAUAUCUGCAAAGUGUUAGAAAAUAAAACUGAUACACACUU